AUGGCUGGUACGUUCCCCUACCCAGACCAACACCCAUUCGGUGCGAGCAAUGCUGACUGUCUGUCUACAGAUGAGACGCGCCGCUCUGGUCGCGCCACAAAAGGCCAGCAUACGAAAGAUCGCGACGUCGACAUGAACGAAGCACCCGCUGCCUCCAAGAAAAAGGGCACUGCAAAGAAAGCUUCCAAGAAGAAGGAGGAAGAAGAACCCGAAGAGAAGAUCCGCUGCGUCUGCGGCGAGUAUGAAGAAGAAACAGACAUCCCACGCGCCAUGAUAUGCUGUGACAACUGCGACGUCUGGCAACAUAACGACUGUAUGGGCUUCGACGAAGAAUAUGCACCAGAUACGUACUACUGCGAAGAGUGCAAACCAGAAAACCACAAGAAGCUGUUGGCCGCUAUCAAGAAGGGUCAGAAGCCAUGGGAAGCCGCGGCCAAGAAGCGCGCUGCAUUGAUCGAAGCCGAGGACGCGAAGAAGGGCAAGAAAGGCAAGAAAGGAGGCAGGAAGAGUGCCGCAGCUAUGAGCGAGGAGGUUGAGACGCCGGUGGGCACGCCUACGGCAGGCACGAAGAGGAAGGCCGAGGACUCGCCUGCUCCAUCUGAGACGAAGAUCAACAACAAGAAAGCUAGAGGCACUCCCACUCCAGCUGCAGAAGCUGCCCCAUCUGGAAGAGGUCGAAAAGCAGCACAGUCAACACCCGUACCUGCACCUGCCGCGACAAAAGACCCCAGUGACCUCCCAGCUUCCAGACGGCCCGCCGCAACUGGUCUCGUAAAGCUCUUCAUCGAUCAGACAAAGUCCGCCGUCAAAGAUGGCUUCACGAUCCCUAGCAACACCAAUGUCACUGCCUACGGCACCAACAUCGGCAUGGCUGUCGAAGCCGCCCUCCACGACGCCCACGAGACCGAUGCCUACAAGGCCCAACUAUCAGCCAUCUUACUCAACGUCAAGCGCAAUAAUAUCCUCGGUGGCCGCGUCGUUAGAAACGAGGUACGUCCGGACGAGCUUGCGUCCAUGCCGCCUGCCGCAAUGGCUAGUGAGGAGCAACAGCGCAAAGACGCCGAGAUGCAGGCGCAACUCGACAAACAGAGCACUCUGGUCGGUCAAGAGCCCGAAGGCCCGCGUAUCCGACGCACCCACAAAGGUGAUGAAUAUGUCGACGACUUGAACAAGAGCUCAGCAGGCGAAGUGAACGCUUCGAAACCACCGCAACCACAACGCCAGACUUCGACUGCUGAGGUUAAGAGCCCCACACAUACUGCUCGUCGCCCGCCAUCUGUCACAAUCCCAAAUCGUCGCCCCUCGCAAGAUCCACGCCGCCAAUCCUCUUCUGGUGCAAACUUUGACAUCAGCAACGUAUAUUCCAAUGUCCAGGGCUCUCCGACUGGAGACCAGCGCUUCGGAGAAAUAGUACAGCCCUCACGUGAGGCGGCCGGUCCGGGGACGCAAGCCGAUGCUGACAUCGACAAUCUCCUGAAAGAUGAGAACGACGAUGAACAACGACCGGACACCCCCCCAUACUCUCCGCGCUUCUCAGGCGAAGACGAGCACGCUGUCUGGCAUGGCCUCAUUAACGGCGGCAACGUCGGAAGUUUCAAUGCAGCUCUCAAAUUCGCCGCUGGUGCUGCAAUCGAUGCCCCGACACUUCGUCUGACCUGGGAGCAACUGCUACCAGGCACCAUCGGCAUAUCUGGCCGUAUCGACCCCAAGAAAGCCGAAGACUACCUCUGCGGCCUCGAGUUCUCCCAAACCUCCGACCUGAUCGUCCUGUGGACUGGCGAGCCUAAUAACGAGCAAGAUGCAGAGAGCUUCAACUACUUCUUCAACUACUUCAAGCGACGCGACCGCUACGGUGUGGGCUCACAACAGCAUAAUCCUGCUUUGAAGGACAUUUACUUCAUCCCACUGGAGAAAGAUCAGGCGAUGCCAACAUUCUUCGCGAACCUGCAGACAGAUUUCACGCAGAAGGCCGCUGAGAGGAUGAUCCUGGUGCCACUCGUUAUCAAGAACAGCGAACUCCCGCAUAACAGAAUGAGCACGGCUACCACAGCUGUUGGCGAGAGUCCUGGUCCGAUUGGUGGAGCCGUGAUGCAGACACCCAUCACGCCGAGAGACAGCUUCGCGGGUCCUUUCGACGGAAGCGCAGCCAAUGGCGGCAAUGGUAUGUACGGUGGCACACCUGUCCCAGUCAAUGGCGCACAAGGCGUGCGACCGCCUCUGCCGCAACAGCCGCAAGCAGGUCAAGGCUAUCCAUUCACGACGCAACAACCCCAGUUCGCCGGCAUGCCUCCUGGAAGCUAUCAAGGCAGUGGUCCGCCUCCUCCAGGUCCUGCGGCCGCUGUUGGUGUCCCUCCUCCUCAGCUGCAACAAACACCAUCUCAGGCAGCAGCUCUCAAAAUCCUUGGUCCACAGCUAAGUCUCGCGCCUGCGGUACAGCAGCUGUGCAUGCAAGCAAAAGAUGCUGGCGAGCAGGAGAUGAUUGUCAUCAAGGAGUGUCUCGCAGAGAAUCCUGCUGCGCAAGAAAGCUUGGAUGUGUUGACUAGGGCACUAACGGAGAAGUGGAGUGCUCAGCGCAGCACUGCUGCUGCUGGUGGCGCUCCGACUGACGCAGGUAAAGAUAAUGUGCAAGAGGGGCCUAGUGGACAGCAGCCGAUGGAGGGCGUUCAGCAGGGUGUCGUUGAUGCUGAUGGCGGUGCUGCUACGAAUGGAGCUGCUGAGCCGGCUACGGCUGCAGUGACGGCUGAUGGUACUACCACAGCGCCACCUGCUCCAGGCACGCAGAAUUAG